CGUGACGUAAAGUUUUGCCGCGAAAGUUGCAGAAGGCAGCAGCACCGGGAGAGGAAGGAUAGUAAAUGCGUAGGGCAGUAUUUCAAACAUCUAUCCAACAAAGACGGGUCUAUUUUUCAGCAUAUACUUUUGUAUUGUUAUUAGCAUCUUUGACUUGCAGACAGCGGAUUUUCUACAGCAAAAAGUCUUACUUCCCAACUGUAGUUAACAUACAGUUGUAGUUCAGCUAACCAGCACAACUUCGUUGGUUGCUAUUGUUUGCCUUGCUAACAAUAUCAACAGGACUUUGCACAAUAUAAAAAAUAGUUUAUCCGUAAUUAACUGAAAUAAAUCAGUUGGUGCAGUAUGUCCGGUUUCGACGACGCUGGAGUGUAUUACAGUGACAGCUUCGGCGGCAUAGAUGGACCGGCGGAUGACGGAGCUGUUAAGCGGAGUCAGCUCAAGAAGAGAUUCCGGGAGUUUCUUAGGCAGUUCAGAGUUGGCACUGAUCGAACGGGGUUCACCUAUAAAUACCGUGAUGAUCUGAAGAGGCACUACACUCUGGGCGAGUACUGGAUAGAGGUGGAGAUGGAGGACCUGGCCAGCUUUGACGAGGACCUCUCCGACUGCCUCUAUAAACUACCUUCCGAGAACCUGCCUAUGCUGGAGGAGGCGGCACAGGAGGUGGCGGAUGAGGUGACUCGACCCCGCCCAGUCGGGGAGGAGGUGGUGCAGGACAUCCAGGUGAUGCUGAAGAGCGAUGCCCACCCAGCCUCCAUCCGAAACCUCAAGUCUGAGCAGGUGUCCCGUCUGGUGAAAAUCCCGGGGAUCAUCAUCUCGUCCACGGCGGUGCGGGCGAAGGCCACGCGCGUGUGCCUGCAGUGCCGCGGCUGCCGCUCUGUCAUCAGCAACAUCCCCCUGCCCCCCGGCCUGCAGGGCUAUGCCCUCCCCCGCAAGUGCAACACUGAGCAGGCCGGGCGGGUGAAGUGUCCUGUGGACCCGUACUUCAUCAUUCCGGACCGCUGCGUGUGCGUUGACUUCCAGACGCAACGCCUGCAGGAGUCCCCUGACGCUGUACCCCACGGAGAAAUGCCCCGACACCUGCAGCUCUAUUGCGACAGGUACCUGUGUGAUCGUGUGGUCCCGGGGAACCGGGUGACUGUCAUGGGGAUCUAUUCCAUUAAGAAAGGGGCCCAGACGAAGGCCAAGGGUGGCCGGGAGAAAGGGGCGGGCGUGGGCAUACGCUCCUCCUACCUGCGCGUGGUGGGCAUCCAGGUGAACACCGAGGGAGCAGGACGCGGUGCCACGGGGUCCGUGACCCCUCAGGAGGAAGAGGAACUCAGGGCGCUAGCUGCCUCCCCCUCCGUCUACCUGUCCCUGGCCCGCUCCCUCGCUCCCUCCAUCUACGGCAGUGAAGACCUGAAGAAGGCCAUCGCCUGCCUGCUCUUCGGCGGCUCCAGGAAGAGGUUGCCAGACGGCCUGACGCGUAGGGGGGAUAUUAAUCUCCUGAUGUUGGGGGAUCCCGGCACGGCCAAGUCCCAGCUGCUGAAGUUUGUGGAGCGGUGUUCUCCAAUCGGGGUGUAUACCUCGGGUAAGGGCAGCAGCGCGGCCGGUCUCACGGCCUCCGUCCUUCGGGACCCCCACACCCGCGGGUUCGUCAUGGAGGGGGGCGCCAUGGUGCUGGCUGACGGGGGCGUGGUCUGCAUUGACGAGUUUGACAAGAUGAGGGAGGAUGACCGAGUGGCCAUCCACGAAGCCAUGGAGCAGCAGACCAUCUCUAUCGCCAAGGCCGGCAUCACCACCACCCUGAACUCGCGCUGCUCUGUGCUAGCUGCUGCUAACUCGGUGUUCGGUCGCUGGGACGACACCAAGGGCGAGGACAACAUCGACUUCAUGCCCACCAUCCUGUCCCGAUUCGACAUGAUUUUCAUCAUCAAGGAUCAGCAUGACCAGGAGAGGGACAUGACCCUGGCGCGCCACGUGAUGAACGUCCACCUCAGUGCUCAGACUCAGACGGAGGGCAUGGAGGGAGAGAUCUCACUGGCCACGCUGAAGAAGUACAUCGCCUAUGCCAGAAUAAAAUGCGGUCCUCGGCUGUCGGCCGCAGCAGCAGAGAAGCUGAAGAACCGAUACGUGGUGAUGAGGAGCGGAGCGAGGGAGCACGAGAGAGAGAGCGACCGGAGGCCCUCCAUCCCCAUCACGGUCAGGCAGUUGGAGGCUGUGAUCCGGAUUGCUGAGUCUCUGGCUAAGAUGAAGCUGCAGGCGGUGGCUGGCGAGGAGGAGGUGGACGAGGCUCUUCGUCUUUUCCAGGUGUCCACCCUGGACGCCGCGCUGUCCGGCAGCCUCUCUGGUGUGGAAGGCUUCACCACACAGGAAGACCAGGAGAUGAUCUCUCGCAUUGAGAAGCAGCUCAAGAGACGCUUCGCCAUCGGUUCCCAGGUCUCCGAGCACAGCAUCAUCCAGGACUUCACCAAACAGAAAUACCCAGAGCAGGCCAUCUACAAGGUGCUGCACCUGAUGAUGAGGAGGGGUGAACUGCAGCACCGCAUGCAGAGGAAGGUCCUCUACAGGGUUAAAUAGAUAGAGACACACACGCGCACGCUGUGGCAUUGUAAAUAGUUUGGCUCAAUCUGUAUGUCAUUCUUUAUUCUGCUCUUCUGACAAGCUGAACAGCCACGCCCACCUCCAAGCCAUUAAUCCUGACCACAUGGUUGCCAAUAUACAAUAAUGAUGAUUGUGAUGACGGGCUUUGGGGUGUCACAUCUGUAAAGGAGCUGUGGUCUUGUUUUACGUUUCCUUUAUUCUUUAAUCUGCAGUGUGUGAGUUGGAGAUGGAGAAAGUUUUGUGUCUCUGGCACCCCCUCCCUACAUGUUAUUGUAUGUGCAGGUUGGGGUGGGAAGGGUUAAUACAUUUGUUUCCCUGUAUUGAUUGUUAAUGUAGUUUGGCACUUCACCUUUUUUGCAAUGGGAAAAACUAAAUAAAUGAUGGCAUUUAGCAAUGUU